CAGAUUUGCAGGUUUUUAAUUUGACCUUCUUAAUGUGGUGUUACUGUUGAUCUUAUGACCUCUGUUCCUGAUCUUAACUAUGGAAAUUUCUAUUUGGAUACUAAAGGUGUUGUACAAAUUGGCACACAUUCAUUCACAUUUGAUCAUCUCUAUGGAAACAGUGGCUCCCCAUCAUCUUCCAUGUUUGAAGAAUGUAUUGCUCCUCUUGUUGAUGGCCUAUUCCAAGGAUAUAAUGCUACAGUCCUUGCUUAUGGUCAGACAGGAUCAGGGAAGACAUACACCAUGGGGACUGGCCUCAAAGAAGGUUGUCAGACAGGAUUGAUUCCUCAAGUUAUAAAUGUGUUGUUCAGGAAAAUUGAACAACUGAAGCAUCAAGUAGAAUUCCAGCUUCAUGUUUCCUUCAUAGAGAUUCUGAAGGAAGAAGUGAAGGAUCUUCUGGAUUCUGUACCCAUAAACAAAUCAGUGGCUGCUAAUGGACAUGCUGGGAAAGGUACAGUCCCUGGACGACCACCAAUACAAAUUCGUGAAUCAUCAAACGGAGUUAUAACACUAGCAGGGUCAACUGAAAUUGCUGUCAGUACACUGCAAGAAAUGGCUGCUUGCUUGGAGCAAGGAUCAAUAAGCCGGGCAACAGGAAGCACAAAUAUGAACAACCAAUCUAGUCGGUCCCAUGCCAUCUUCACCAUCACAUUGGAACAGAUGCGUAAGAUCCAUUCAGUUUCUGCUGUUGAUGACCACACUCCAGAUGAGGAUAUGGGUGAAGAGUAUUUGUGUGCAAAGCUCCAUUUGGUUGAUCUUGCUGGAUCUGAACGAGCAAAACGAACUGGUUCUGAUGGUCUUCGUCUGAAAGAAGGGAUACACAUUAAUAGGGGGCUUCUUGCCCUUGGUAAUGUCAUCAGUGCCCUAGGGGAUGAGAAAAAGCGGAAAGAAGGUGUCCAUGUUCCCUACAGAGAUAGUAAACUGACACGUCUCUUGCAGGAUUCGCUUGGUGGAAACAGCAAAACGGUUAUGAUAGCUUGUAUCAGUCCUGCCGAUAUUAAUGCAGAGGAAAGUCUAAAUACUCUCAAGUAUGCCAAUCGGGCACGCAAUAUACAGAAUAAGCCUGUUGUGAAUAGAGAUAUAAUAUCCAAUGAGAUGCAGAAAAUGCGUCAGCAACUAGAGUACUUACAAGCAGAACUUUUUUCUCGUGGAGGGGUUACUUCAGAAGAAGUACAAGUUCUCAAGGAAAGGAUUGCCUGGCUGGAGGCCACUAAUCAGGAUCUUCGUCAAGAACUUCACGAAUACCGUAGCAGAUGUGCUGUUGUAGAGCAAUCUGAGACUGAUGCUCAUAGUAACGGGUUUGAGAGGGGCUUUCAGAGUUUGGACUCCCCUGAUUAUCCUAUCAGCGAAGCCAUAUCAGCUGAAAAUUCUGGAGAAAUUGAUGAAGUAGCAAAAGAGUGGGAGCAUGCACUUCGGCAGAAUACCAUGGGAAAAGAAUUGACUGAGUUAAACAAACGCCUGGAGCAGAAAGAGUCUGAGAUGAAACUUUUUGGAGGAGCUGAUACUGAAGCAUUAAAACAGCACUUUGGGAAGAAAAUAAUGGAACUUGAAGAAGAGAAAAGAAUAGUGCAGCAAGAGAGGGAUCAUUUGUUAGCAGAAGUGGAAAACCUUGCUGCUAAUUCUGAUGGACAGAUGCAGAAAAUGCAAGAAGUCAAUGCACAGAAAUUAAAAGCACUUGAGGCACAGAUAUCAGAUCUUAAAAAGAAACAAGAAAGUCAGGUUGAACUCUUGAAGCAAAAGCAAAGAAGUGAUGAAGCAGCAAAACGAUUGCAAGCUGAAAUACAGUACAUUAAGGCUCAGAAAGUUCAGUUGCAGAAUAAGAUAAAACAAGAAGCUGAACAAUUUCGACAAUGGAGGGCCUCUCGUGAGAAGGAACUAUUGCAGCUCAAGAAAGAGGGAAGGAAAAAUGAAUAUGAAAGACAUAAACUCGAAGCCCUGAAUCAGCGACAAAAAAUGGUUCUUCAAAGAAAGACUGAAGAAGCUGCAAUGGCUACUAAAAGGCUGAAGGAGUUGCUGGAAGCCCGCAAGUCUAAUACACGUGAAAAUAUGGUAAAUGCCAAUGGACAUGCACCAAGUGGGCAGAGCAAUGAAAAAUCUCUGCAAAAGUGGCUUGAUAAUGAGCUGGAAGUCAUGGUUAAUGUGCACGAAGUUCGUUAUGAAUAUGAGAAACAAAGCCAAGUGCAAGCUGCUCUGUCAGAGGAGUUAACCAUAAUGAAACAAGUGGAUGAGCUGUCUUCAAAUGGGGAGAGUCCUCAGAGAUUGAAGAAUGGACAUUCACGAUUGUCAUCUCUUUCGCCAAAUGCGAGAAUGGCAAGAGUAGUUUCCCUUGAGAACAUGCUGAACAUGUCUUCAAAUGCCCUCAUGGCAAUGGCUUCACAGCUUUCAGAUGCAGAAGAAAGGGAGCGCUCUUUAGUUGGUCGUGGGAGGUGGAAUCAAGUGCGGUCAAUGGCUGAUGCUAAGAACUUGCUUCAGUAUAUGUUUAAUGCUACUGCUGAUGCAAGGUGCCAGUUGUGGGAAAAAGAUAUGGAACUUAAGGACUUCAAAGAGCAACUUAAUGAGCUAAAAGCUCUUCUAUGGCAAAGUGAGAUCAAGAGAAAGGAACUUGUGAAGGAGCAAAAAAUGAGGGAACAAGCUGUAGCAAUUGCCUUGGCUACUGCAACUUCGGGGCACUCCCGCAGUUCAUCAAAACACUUAGCAGAUGAUUUGAGUGGCCCUCUUUCUCCGAUUUCACUUCCAGCCCCAAAGCAACUUAAGUUUUCACCUGGCAUUGUUAAUGGGUCUGUUAGAGAGUCAGCAGCAUUUAUAGAUCAGACAAGAAAGAUGGUGCCAGUCGGACAGUUGUCAAUGAAGAAAUUGGCAACCUUAGGACAAACUGGAAAGCUGUGGAGGUGGAAGAGAAGUCAUCACCAGUGGCUUCUUCAGUUCAAGUGGAAGUGGCAGAAACCAUGGAAACUCUCAGAAUGGAUUAAACACAGUGAUGAGACAAUCAUGAGGUCAAGGCCUCGUGUACAAGCUCCAAGUGAAAUGAUAUGAUAUCCUCACAGUCACUGGCUUUCUUUAUCCUGUGUAUACACCCUGACCGGCAUAUAUGGUCUGACCCAUGGCUCAACUGAGAACAAGAAUGCAGGCAUGUUGUAAAUAUAGGAAGAGGAGGUUAGUUUCUUUGCAUGGUCCUAUUACUGGCUGGAUUCUAUGGGCAAGUUUUUACAUCAAACCAUGUUCUCAGGCAGGCCUUGAAUGUUCUGAAAUAACUAACGGGUGACAAGACAUGUGGUUGCAAGUGUGGAUGCUGAGGCUCAUGGUGUUGUUUACAGUACAUUGUAUUCCUUCUGCUGCUGUGUCAUGUUGCAUUCAUUGCUCUUUCUUCGGGAUAAAAGACAGGAAUUUCUUCUCCUGCAAAAUCAAAAUUUUGUGCAUGAUCAACAUUCCAAAUAACCG